ACCAAUUCUCUUUCUCUUUCUCUCUCUUUCUCUCUUCUCUGAUGGCACUGAUCUUGAUCUUCUCUUCCUUGUUCUCAAUCACCAACCAAUGGGAGAGCCAAGAUCUUCAUCACCCGCCUCAACAUCUCAAAAUUCUUCAACUUCAACAGCAACAACAACAUUACCAUCUCCACCACCACUUCCUACAAAUAUCUCCCUCGUUCAACCCUCUCAAAAACGAAAACACAAACCAAAAGUCAUUCGUGUCUUCCGCUCCGUCUUCCGUUCGUUUCCCAUCAUAACACCAGCAUGUAAAUUUCCAACAAUCCCAACAGGACCUAAUGACACCCACCACCAUCAUCAUCACAAAAACAUCGGUGGAAGCAUCGGGACGAAAAUCUCUGGAACGUUAUUCGGUCACCGGAAAGGACGUGUUAGUCUCUCCGUUCAAGAGAAUCCAAAGUGUCUACCUUCAUUGGUUGUGGAACUUUCAAUGCAAACAAGCGUGUUACAAAAGGAAAUGGCGGCGGGAAUGGUGAGAAUUGCACUGGAAUGUGAGAAAAGGCAAGAAAAAGAUAAGACAUUGUUGAUUGAAGAACCACUAUGGACGAUGUAUUGUAAUGGGAAGAAAACUGGUUAUGGCGUGAAGAGAGAUGCUACAGAAGAGGAUCUGCAUGUUAUGGAACUUCUUAAAGCUAUUACUAUGGGUGCUGGUGUUGUUCCAUUGAAAAAUGAAGUUGAUGAUGUUGAUGCAGAAGUGGCUUAUAUGAGAGCUUCUUUUGAACAUGUAGUUGGUUCUAAGGAUUCUGAGACUCUUUAUAUGUUGAGUCCGGAGGGAAAUAAUCCUGGGCCUGAACUUUCUAUAUUUUUUGUGAGGAUUUAAGAACUGUUGUUUAAUUGUAAGGUGUUGUAAGUUUGAUGAUGAGGUUUGGUUCAUACUUUAUAGGUUUGAGAUGAGUGCAAGAGGAAUUGAUUAACUAGAAUGAGAUUAUCUAAAACUAGGGUAGUAAAAUUUGAUGUGUGUAUUGGUGCAUAAAUUGGUUUAUAUUUAUAUAUGAUUCGAUUUUUAUCUUGUUUGGCAAAGAAUUGAUGUGUAAAUAUAAUUUUUAUGCUUUACCUUGGGCUGCUUAUCGUA